AUAGGAACAGAGAGAGCGUGCGUGGGCUGAGAAAUGAGAUGCUGGGCUGCAGAUCCAUUGUGAAAUUUCGGGUCGUUGUCUCGCUGGUGACAAGGCCUUCGAUACCUGAAAGAUGGUCCAUGCGAGCCAUAUCGAUUUCGCACUUUUGUCCUCGAGUGGAGGUGUCUGUCGCACAUCCGGCGGUAUGGAACAAGGCCAAUGCUGCCGAUACCCCGUUGGUGAAGGGCCCCACUGAGGCCAGGGGGGACAACUCGGGCUCAGAGCGGAUUGACUGGUUGAAUCGUGCGAUUCUAGGCUCUCUUGGCUUUGGUAUCCGUUCCACCACAACUCUGCUUGAGCAGGUCGUAUACAGCGAUAAAUUGGAAGACAUCGAAAGGGCGUAUGCAAGCUUACGGGAUGCGUCUUGACGCAUCAUCUCCGGGGCAGAGUUUGAUCUCGCUCAUGCUAGGCUCGAGCCCACCCCUAGUCACCGAGUGGCCCUCGUCCUUCGAGUACGGAUUGAACUUGCCCGAGUUGGGCUGCUCGGGGCCGAGCGGCUCAUGGCCCAAAUGGACGGGGAUAUCACUCAUCUCUGGCUGCCAGUUCUCUUGCCCCUCAGUUUUAGACUUCACGCCACUUACAUACUUUCUGCUCAAGCUCAAUCGCACAGCCGAUGCUAUCCAUCUCCUCUCUCGGUAUGCACGAGGUGAAGGUACGACCACGAAUUUUGACGCUUUGCGCAAAGCCGCCGUUGCGCUCAGUCCGUGGAAGAUGAUCUUCCGCAAACUAUUCGUUUCCCAAGCUGCGCCUGCCGAUAUUAUCAAGACACUCGUUCUUGCUGCCGACUUGCAAGUACCCCGACUCGACGUGCUUUGCGAGAAGGUCAUGCACCACUUCCUCCAGUGCAAUCCCAAGCCGACCAGCGACUUCGAGCUCUGCUGGAAGCUCAUGACCCAGUAAGAAACUGAAUAUAGCAAUAUCAGCUACAGCUUAAUUAUCUGGUGGAAACUCAAUCAAGGAUCGACGGAGGAUCUCCCUGGCAUGAUAAGAUAAAUCAGAAACCACUGCCCAAAAUGUGUUUGUGAUGUAUGAAGCUGGCGACAAGAACCUAUCUGCGGUCCGGUCUCUCUUGUGGCAGAUGUUCAGAGAUGGACAGAUGCUGUACCAGCACACAUUACAAGCUAUCAAUCAUAUUGCUCCUUUGGACACGUCUCCUGAUGUGGUCGACCCUCAUUCACAAACCACAACCACGGGUCCGUGGUCUGCAGAAAUCAUGUUCUGGCUGAAGAUUUUUCAGUGUUUGUACGACAACACACUCUCGCAAGAUGACCAAAUCGACAAAGCAUUUCGUACUUUCGCUCAAGCCAAGCCGCAUAUGGAACCACCUUGGAUCUUCCCACUUCUGCUGCCAAUCAUCGUCAACUUGAACUGAAUUGUGGAACUCAACAUAUCGCAAAUCCAGUCCCCGCGACUAAAAGACCAUGUUACCGCUGUUUACGACGCCAUUGUUUGGCCAAAGGAUCAUUUGACCCAACCGGGACGUUUCGCACUGGAGAGAAUGCUUUUCCUCCUCGCAGAAGUAGGUGAUAGAAAGCGAUUGGCGGUGCUUUGUGUCCAGGCCCGGAUUCUUGGCCUAUCCCUGCCCAGUGAAAUCAUUACCAAUGCUCUUCUCCAUAGCGAUUCGAAGCGGUAUUCAUUGGGCCGAUGCCGGCGCUUGUUUUUGGUCUCUUCAACUUCUGCGCCGCAAUAAUUACGGUUCUUUGGGCCCCAUGGGGACCAUCCUGCGACUGCCGGCUCAUGAUGGCCAAUAUUAUCCCUCGGCAGAGUUUUUUCUAGCAAGUCCGCCCAACAGAGCGAAGACGCAGAUCGAUGAUGCACCAGGACAGAUUGCCACAAUUCAAGCACAGAGGAGCGUGCAUUAGCUCCGCCUCGACCGCGCUCGUUCCCAAUACCCAGUAUCUACAACGGAUAAGUCCUCGGACAUGGCAUGUC